UCCUCCUGCAUAACGAGGGUGCAUAAUGAGGAAGAAACAAUACGUUAUAUCCGGUCUGGACUCGGUGUUUUUCCGUAUCGUAAUUUCAUGUACUGGCUGAUCGAUAUAACGGAUGAUUCGCUUGAUGUUCGUUUGAUUCGAUUAUCAUGAAUCUUCUGUACGCCAAAUAAUUGGAUUGUAUCAGUGUAUAGAGAAUUUAAAAGACAUCCGCACAUCUUGGGAUUCUUAAGCAUGCAAUAUGUUCCGCGCGAUCUUAUCUACAGUACUUAAAUUAACGAACUAUACUUACGUAUUUCUGCUUUUAUCGUGUAUAUUUUUUUCAGCGAUUCUGACGCAUACAGCAGGGUCGCGUGUACUUGAGCUGAAUGAUAGAUUUCUAGAGGCACACAAAGAUGGGCAAUGGCUAAUUAUGAUGUAUGCACCAUGGUGUGCGCAUUGCAGAAGAUUGGAACCGAUCUGGUCUCAUGUUGCUCAACACUUGCACGCAUCGUCCAUACGAGUGGGAAAAGUGGAUUGCACUACAUUUACCAGUGUAACAAAUACAUUCAAAAUUAAAGGAUUUCCCACUAUUUUAUUUUUAAAGGGCGAUCAGAAAUAUGUAUAUGAAGGUGAUAGAACUAGAGAGGAAAUAGUGAAAUUCGCUUUAAGAUUAAGCGGUCCUCCCGUGCAGGAAAUAACAAAAACACAGAGUUUCGAGAUCAUAAAGAAGCAACACGAUCUCUAUUUCUUAUAUGUAGGAAACAGAGCUGGAAUUUUAUGGGAACUUUAUCACAAGAUUGCGAAUGUAUUUCAAGCGCAUGCAUUUUUCUAUCAAUCUCAUCCGAGUGUCGUGAAUAAACAUGCGCCUGUAAAUAAUGUUCCGGCAUUAUUUGUGUACAAGGAAAAUUCGCAUUAUAAUUUCACCGGACACAACUUGAGCGACACAAGACAAGUGAAUGAAACACUUUAUAAGUGGGUGAAUGCAGAACGUUUUCCAACGUUUCCGAAAGUAACAAGAGGAAAUAUAAAUCAAUUAUUCUUGACAAAUAAGAAUCUCGUUUUAGCGGUUUUGGAGGAAAAUCAGUUGGAAGAGCUCGCGCCUCAUAUGCUGAAAUUCAAAAACAUGGUUGAAUUUGUGAUCAAGAAUAAACGAAAUAAGUAUCAUGAUCAUUUUCAGUUUGGUUGGAUAGGUAGUCCCAAUCUAGUCAACAGCAUAGCAAUGAUGACACUACCUAUACCAAGCUUACUUGUGAUAAAUACAACUACUAAUCAUCAUUAUAUUCCUGAGGAUGAAACAGGAAAACUGACUCCAUACGUAAUAGAAUUGUUCCUAGAGCAGAUUCACAACGAGAGUGCUCCGCGAUAUGGUGGCAACAGUUGGCUAGUACAUAGUUAUAGAAAAUGGUUCGAAAUGAAAACUGUUCUGACUUCAAUGUGGAAGGGCAAUCCUAUCUUGAUGAUGGUCCUGCUUGGAUUACCGUUUGGAUUUCUCUCGUUAAUAUGUUACGGCAUUUGUUGUCCAGAUUUAUUGGACGCGAAAGACGAUGAAGAUGAAAAUAUUGGAAUGCAUCACAUGAAGAAUGAUUAA